AUGUCAAAUGAGCAGCUGGAACCAGAUAUAAAGUUCUGCUGCUGUGGCCCAGUUCUCUGUGAUCAGACUACAGCUAUGACUCCACUGUGGAAUGAGCUGCAGCCUCCCUUUCUCUCCAACCACCCUCUGGUGCUGGCCUCUGACCUGGUGCAAUAUUACCAAUACCUCCUGGCUGGAUUGGUGCCCCCUGGAAGCCCUGGCCCUAUCACGCGCCACGAGUCUUACGACAGCCUGACGUCGGACCACAGCGGACAGGAGGACGAGGAGUGGCUCUCACAGGUGGAGAUAGUGACCCACACAGGGCCUCACCGUCGGCUGUGGAUGGGUCCUCAGUUCCAGUUUAAGACCAUCCACCCAUCUGGUCAGACUACGGUCAUCUCCUCCUCCUCCUCCGUGCUGCAGUCCCAGGGCCCCAGCGACAUUCAACAGCCUCUGUUAGACUUCCACACUGAUGACCUGGACCUUCACAGUCUCAGGAUCCAGCCCGUGCGUUCUGAGCCGGUCAGCAUGCCUGGUUCCUCUCGGCUGGUGGCUGAACGGAGGGGACAGGGGACUGUCAUUGAUAUAGGAUCGGGUAGGAACCAUGCUACUUUAUACUAUACUAUUCCAUCUGUCUGUCUUGAUAUAUGUAUAUUUGUGGUAUGAGACUGUGUACAGGUG